CCACACAGUGGGUUCAAAACCCCGCGCCGCGCGUCCGUGGGCCGUCCCCAUGGUGACCGCGACACAACCUCCUAAGAAGCCAACGGAUACAACCUGAGACACAACCGAUACACACACCUGUCUGUUUACACCACAACUCCGACACUACGACACACGUCUCGACAGCUGGGGGUUCAUUACGCCAUGAGUUUAUCUGUGACCCGCACCGCGUCGGUCAAACACCGGAGCGCUAAAGGCUUCAGACCGCAGCGCGCCUAUGACUACUUAUACGACCCGGUGCACACUGUGUCCGGGGAGGCGGACCACGCCCGGUCCAGCUUCAAGGCCUACGCGUCUGCGGACCGCCUGAGGAGAGUGCAGGACUUUGACUCCAUGUUCAGCUCCAACCCGCGGUUCGCCCUCCAGCUGAGCGCCGUGGACCCGGUGCCGCCCUCCAUGGACCGCCGCUGGCCCGGAGCCAUGGAGCGGCACCGACACACAGAGCAAGCCCUGGACGGAGUCGCUCCGGGGAGCAGGUCUUGGCUCAGAGAGACGGACUGCGAUGUGAACGCAGCGGACAGAUGGAAGUUCUCCACACGACCCCUCAUCGCCUUCGACCGCCCCCCGCCCCCGGACCUGCUCCUGGCGCAGCUCCCGGUCCAGCAGAAUGCCCCGACCGGACCGUACCAUCGCACCGUGGGGGUCCAGACGGACUACAGAGACAGCGAGGCCCAGACGGACCCCUACAGCCCGGAGUACGUGGUUCGACCCGGGACGGCCCACCCUGAGCUACUGCUGCUGGCCUCUCUGACCUGGGGUGGAGGCCUGCCCGCCGGCCUGGCGGAGGUGGAGAUGAUCGAGCGGGCGCGGGCCAGGCGGCUGUGGGAGGCGGGCCUGCCCCCCGUGGAGGACCUGGAGCAGCUGGAGCGCCGGAGGGCCAUGAUGGAGGCCAUGGAGACCCGGGAGUGGGCCUUCAGGGAGGGGGAGAUCCAACGGCUGCAGGAGGCCCGUCUGGCCGCCCUGAGGGACCUGCUCCACCAGAGAGCCCAGGAACAGACCCAGGCCACCGCCCAGCGCCAGGACCUCAACCUCACCCGGCACCAGAGCCACAAGGAGAGCAAGCUCCGGCAGAUCCACGGCGACUACAUCCUCUCGCUGAGGAAGCUGACGGCGAAGCGCGCCAACGUGGAGGGGCGGCUGGAGCGCCGGGACGUCGUCCGCGACCACACGGACCACGCCUCCCAGGCCUACGCCCCCCUGACCCGCGGCGGCUCCGUCCCCGACCGCGUCCACAGCCGGAGCGUCGGGGGGGUCAGCAGCCGCUUCCUGGACACCUACCAAGGGCUGCUGGAGCUGGAGGCGUCCCUCCCGGCCUCCGUCCUGGAGCCCAGGAUCCAGGCCCCCGGACCCAGGGCCAGCAGGGGCUUCGUGGGGCGCGCCGAGCGCAGGGAGAUGGAGCUGACGCAGACCCACGAGGCCCUGAGGGCAGAGAAGGACCGCGUGGAGGUCAUUAAGCCGCUGCGCUUCCUGGUGAAGAAGGAGAGACCCGCCCCCCAGCGCCCGCCCACCCCCAGCGUAGACCCGCCCCCCGAGGGGGAGGAGGAGAGGGAGGUGGCCGCCAUCGUCCUGCAGAAACUACUGAGAGGAAGAAGCAUCCAGUACCAGAUGUUUGCGGGUAAGGAGAAGAACCUGGCCCUGAUCCAGGAGGUGAGGACCACCCACGCCCUGCUGGGGGAGGAGCAGAGGCUGCUGAGGACCCAAACCGCCCUGGUGCUGGGCCAGCAGAGCCAGAGGGACCAGCAGAGCAAGCAGGCCAGACCCCACGCCGCGGAGGCGGCGGCGUCCCGGGACGGCCUGGUGGGGGCGGAGCUGGUGGAGCUGCUGGACUCCCUGGCCAAGGAGCUGAUUCGUCUGCAGGAGGAGCGCCGGAUCCACGCCAUGGCGCUAUUGGCCGAGAGGGAGCGGCGUCUGCGGGAGGCGGAGGAGAGCGGGCGGAGGCAGGUGGAGGAGCGGCGGCGGCGGGAGCAGGACGAGAUCUUCCGGCAGGUGGUGCAGGUGCAGCAGGCCACGGUGGAGCUGUACCUGGAGGACAUCAUCCUGGGAGUGGUGGAGAGCACGGCGGGGCAGCAGGCGCGGGACGAGGUGCAGAGGAUGGCCCGCGAGGUCAACGACGUGGCCCACGCCCUGGAGGAGAGCCACAGCGAGCAGCAGGCUGAGGAGCUGGUGUCGGCGUUGGUGUUCAGCUUCCUGAUCCCGGAGGUCCAGAGGAUCAGCGUCAGACAGAAAGUGCGGGACAGACAGCGGAGACACCUGGCCGCAGCCCAGGUAGUCAUCAACGGGGCCACAGGGGGUCCCCGCCAUCCGGCCCCCGUCCAGACCCCCGGACCCGGCUCAGGGGGGCCCCAGGUCCAGACCCCCGGACCCGGCUCAGGGGGGCCCCAGGUCCAGACCCCCGGACCCGGCUCAGGGGGGCCCCAGGUCCAGACUCCCGGACCAGGCUCAGGGGGGCCCCAGGUCCAGACCCCCGGACCCGGCUCAGGGGGGCCCCAGGUCCAGACCCCCGGACCCGGCUCAGGGGGGCCCCCCGGCGGACCCAGGGACCCCCGGGGGGGGGACCCCACUGACGACGCUGUGCUCUGA